AUGGUUAAUUUGCCAGAUUUAUUCGCAAGAAGGAAUCAGUGUUUGGUAGUGGAGUCUGUUCUUCACUCUAUUGUGGUGCUUACCUCACAUUUACAAUUCAAAUCAACUCAAAUCAAAUCAAAUCAACUCAAAUCAAAUCAAAUCAAAUCAAACCAAAUCAAAUCAAAUCAAAUCAAAUCAAAUCAAAUCAAAUCAAAUCAAAUCAAAUCAAAUCAAAUCAAAUCAAAACUGAAGGAACACUGCAUUGGAACCUGGCUCUGGAUCGAGGCGACGCUCCGGAUUGGACCAAGACUCUCUAUUACAAUAAGCUGCAAAAUCCUCUUUACAUAUAUACUUGCAAAGCGAAUGAAAUAUUUCUCAAAAAAAACCGGACUGGACUGGGCUGGACUGGACUAUCAUGGACUUGACUAUCUUAUAUUCUAUUUAAUUUAA